AUGGCCCGCAAAUUCACCCAUCAGCGAGUGAGCUAUGUUCUCCCUCUACCAAAUGCCUCCGGCGGCCAUCGUCUAGGUGUCAACGGCCUUGCAGUCGAUUCCGACAAUCGCAUUUUAUAUUCUGCAGGCCGUGAUGGAGUUAUUUGCUCCUGGGACUUCAGCCCUUCGGAUACCACACCCUCUUCCAGGACUACUCCUACAACGCGCAGAGACCAGGUGCAGGCACACAGUCACUGGAUAAAUGAUAUCGUCCUCGCCCGGAAUAAUUCCGCUCUCGUUUCCGGAUCAUCAGAUACAACCGUAAGAGUAUGGCGACCGUUAUCGCAGACGAAAGAAUUACCGAUCGCCAUCGGCCGGCAUGCGGACUACGUCAAGUGUCUGGCGCUUCCCCAUCAAAAUUCAAAUUGGGUAGCAUCCGGCGGUCUCGAUCAAAAGGUUUUUCUGUGGGAUUUGGAGGGGAAAGGAGAAAUUUUGAAAAUUGAUACUUGUGGUGAUGAGGCUACCGAGAAGGGCUCUGUAUAUGCUUUGGGGACGGGUGGUUCUGUACUGGCAAGCGGAGGUCCAGAGUCUGUUGUGCGCGUAUGGGAUCCUAGAUCCGGAAAACUCAUUACGAAGUUCGUCGGGCAUACCGAUAAUAUCAGAGACAUUCUGAUCAACAAAGAUGGAGACACCAUUAUGACUGCGUCUUCCGAUCAAACGAUCAAAGUGUGGUCGUUGACCGCAGGUCGCUGCUCGCAUACCUUGACCAUGCAUAACGAUAGUGUUUGGUCACUCUACUCGGACCACCCCCAGCUAUCUGUUUUCUACUCCAGCGAUAGGUCAGGCCUCGUCGCAAAGACAGAUACGAGGGACGUGUCGGAUAUUGAUCAGGGAACAUCAAUUGCCGCUCUUCAAGAACAUGAAGGGGUAGUCAAAGUUGUAGCAGCCUGUGACUCUAUCUGGACCGCGACGCCGAAAUCCAGUAUCAACAGAUGGAAAGAUGUCGAUACUACAGCGGAAACAGAAUUUCCGAACAUCACGGCACGACGGCCCAGCGUCGGAUUACCUGCUGAAUCUCCGUCAGCGGCGCCCGCGCAGGGAACUGUCGGUAAUACAGACGAGCCGACCAAGAAGAAGAUCCCACACAACUCUAUUCUUCUUCUUUCAAACAUGUCAAUAUUCCCGAAAGUGGAUCCCGAGAGAGCCACCAUAUAUUCCACCGUGAGUGGCCGCAAGCCGUCAGAAAUGAUCGUCAAUGAAGAGCUAGGAGAGGUGUUACCUGUCUAUUCUCUUCCAGAGGAAACCAUUGAAGGCCAACUUGGAGUGAUCAAGCACUUCAUGUUGAAUGACAGAAAGCGCACGUUAACUCAAGAUACAGCUGGAGAGGUUUUGCUAUGGGAUCUUCUGAAAUGUGUUCCGAUUCAAAGUUUCGGAAAGCGCCAUAUAGACGAUGUUGCAUCAGAGGUCAAUACUGUGGAAAGUAUAGCUCAUUGGUGUACCCUCGACAUCCGGACAGGCCGUUUGUCUGUCAUUCUAGAACCAAAUCGCUGCUUUGAUGCUGAAGUUUAUGCUGAUGAAAUUGAGCUGGCGAACGGCGAAGGAUAUGCAUCAGAUCAAAGGAUAAACCUUGGUAAAUGGGUUCUUCGUUGGCUAUUUGGUGAUUUGAUAGAAGAAGAAAUCAGGCGAGAUGCAAUUCACAGGGAACGGCUUUCGGCAAAAGCAGCAGAAAAUCAAGCCUUGCAACGUACUAAUGCGCCCACCUCAAUUGAGCUACCAAGAACCCCAGGGUCCCAAGGUGUCAUAGACGGUUCCCCAAUGACGCCGCGCGUAACGAAUGGACUGCAUGGCCCUACUACGCCCGGCCUCAACAUUGGCGUUGCAACUCCAGGUGCCCCAUCAUACUCUUCACCACUUCCCCCAACUGAAGAAGAAGGCUUAAGCACAAGAUUGAGCCAUGAAUUGGGAAGACCUCCAUCUUCAAAUAAAUCAAAUGACUACUUCUCCAGUAGUCACUACAUCGAAGCGGAGAAGCCACCCCAAACUGCCGCAGAGGAGCAAACUCCUACAGCACUCCCACAGUCUCCAUCUGAGCCUGAGAAGGAGGAGAAGAAGAAAGGGUCGUUAUUCGGGAAAAAGUUUAGAAUGGAAUUUCCAAAGAAACUCGGCAGAACGUCAUCGGAAGUGAAAACACCGGCACCGGAAGAAAAACAAGAAGAGUCAGACAAGUCAUCUGAAAAAGAGGAGAAAGCUUUCGAAUCAAAUCUUUACGGUGUAAUUGAUCGCAUUCGUCAUGAAUAUGAGGCUUUUCUUUUGCGCAAUCCCGGAUCAGCAUUAAACUCAGGGAUCACGCCCAGCUCUACGAGCGAAACGCCCGCAUUGAAAAUUCCUGCCGAUACCGAUAUUCUAAUACAAGAAGAAACCGGUGACACGGCUGUGGCUGCCGAUCUUUAUCGAGGAUCCGUUGGCAGCAUCCGCGAGGAGAUUGAUAAACUUGAGAAGACCGUUCCACACUGGCUUGGAGAGCUAUUAUUGAAGAAUCAAGCACCACCUAAGGAGGUCGUGAAGGUAGCUUUCAUUCUCAAGCCAUACAACGACCUGUUACCACCAGUGAACAAGCUUGAUGGGGGUUUCGAUAUGAGCAGUUCUAGACUAAAUGCGAAUCGUAUGCUUCGAGCCAAGAAGGUGCUCGCAUACAUUGCGGAGCGAAUUGAUCCAGCUAACCCCGCCAAUCCGGAUCCCAAUCCUAUGCAACCAGAAGAAUAUUUGGAGUUAUACUGUCAAAACAUUUUGGUCCCUGUUAAUAUGACCUUGGCAACAAUCAAGACCCACAUUUGGCGAACAGGCGGAGAUAUGAUUCUAUUUUAUAAAGCGAACGGCAAAAAAGCGAUUCGCGCACCAGUCGCUGUGCAAGAGACGGGAGAAGCUGCAGGGUCUAGUCACCCGGUUGAAGACAAUAACCUACAUGACAACAUGUCUAGCUCCCAUGCUUCAAAUUCGAUUUCGGAUGGGCUGUAGGCAUACUCAUGGUGCUGAUUGGACGUUUUCCAUUGUUUUGGGGCAUUUCUUUUGACUGCACUACUUCUUAACUUGCAUGUAUUACUUUAUAUUCAUUAUAUUCUUGGGUUUUGCGUGGCGUAUGUUACGGAUACCUGCCGUUUUCAUAUGUUCAAUGCGUAUGUAUAUAUAUAUAUGUGUAUGUUUGCAUAACUACUUAUUGAAGCAUGAAUGCCUAGGUACUCUUGGCCACCGGGAAUUACCAUGGUACAAAAGUUCGUCGAUUUG